AUGGGGGCUACAAACAAGCUGGAAGACAAAAAUGUGGUUUCUGAUUCUGGCAGUGACUCGGACGACUCUGCGCCAGAAAUAGAAGAUUCUAAGGAACAAAGCGAUGCCAAAGUUUCACAUAUGGCCGACGAAUUACUCAGUCGAUGUAAGCAGUCCAGAAGUGAAAAAAAAGCUAGGAAAGCUAUGUCGAAGCUGGGAUUAAAAUUAGUACAGGGAGUUUGCCGCGUAACUAUACGGAAAGCAAAGACCAUUAUGUUUGUAAUCAAUAGGGCAGAGGUCUAUAAAUCAUCUGCCUCGGAUACAUACAUUAUUUUUGGUGAGGCUAAGGUAGAAGAUAUAUCAGCCCAAGCUCAGAUAGCUGCAGCUGAAAAACUUCGUAGUCAAGCUAUGGGAGGUGCUGAGUUAGGGACUUCCAGUGGUCUAUCAAAAGAUACAGUUUCAUCUAUCUCGAAGACUGCCAUCGCAGAAGAGUCUGAAGAUGAUGAAGAGCCUGAUGCUACUGGAUUAGACGAGAAAGAUGUUGAACUCAUUAUGCAGCAAGCUGGUGUAUCGCGUGGCAAAGCUAUUCGAGCACUUCGUGAAAAUAACGAUGAUGUAGUCAAUGCUAUUAUGGAUAGCCGGAAAAUUAUAAUGACCUGUGAUUUGUGUCGUUAA